UCUGCCCCCCGGAUCUCCGGUUUCCGGCAACUCGGCGGGACCAGAACCUGCGCGCAGAAUCUGAGGCCCGAGGAUUACUGGCACCAGCUGGACGCCGAGCCCCGCGAGACCUCUGUAAAUUAUCUUCCUAAUAAUUGGGAGAAGACCCUUGGCUGAAUGGCAGCUGUAGAUGACUUGCAGUUUGAAGAAUUUGGUGAUGCAGCCACUUCUCUAGCAGCAAACCCAGAUGCCACCACAAUAAGCAUUGAGGAUCCUGGUGAAACCCCAAAACACCAGCCAGGAGCCCCAGGAGGCUCAGGGAGAGAAGAGGAUGAUGAGUUACUAGGAAAUGAUGACUCUGACAAAACCGAGUUACUUGCUGGACAGAAGAAAAGCUCCCCCUUCUGGACAUUUGAAUACUAUCAAACAUUCUUUGAUGUAGACACUUACCAGGUCUUUGACAGAAUAAAGGGGUCUCUUUUGCCAAUACCAGGAAAAAACUUUGUGAGGUUGUAUAUCCGCAGCAACCCAGAUCUCUAUGGCCCCUUUUGGAUAUGUGCCACGUUGGUCUUUGCCAUAGCAAUUAGUGGGAAUCUUUCCAACUUCUUAAUCCAUCUGGGAAGGAAGACAUACCAUUAUGUGCCCGAAUUCCGAAAAGUGUCCAUCGCAGCCACAAUCAUCUAUGCCUAUGCCUGGCUGGUUCCUCUUGCACUCUGGGGUUUCCUUGUGUGGAGAAACAGUAAAGUGAUGAACAUCGUUUCCUAUUCAUUUUUGGAGAUUGUGUGCGUCUAUGGAUAUUCACUCUUCAUUUUUAUCCCCACGGCGAUACUGUGGAUCAUCCCCCAGAAAGUGGUCCGCUGGAUUCUAGUUAUGAUCGCCCUGGGCAUCUCGGGCUCUGUCUUGGCAAUGACGUUUUGGCCAGCAGUUCGUGAGGACAACCGACGCAUCGCAUUGGCCACAAUUGUGACGAUUGUGUUGCUUCACAUGCUGCUUUCUGUGGGCUCCCUGGUAUCUUUUCAGAGAAACCAUGUGCUUUUGAGUCCGACAGGCCCAGAUCGAAGACCAGCUGUGUCUCCCUGGCUGUGUGAGCUUGGGCAGGGAACCUAACGUCUCUGAAUCUGAAUUUCUUAAUCUGUAACAUUGGUAUAAUAGUUCUUGCCACAGAGGGUUGUUCUGAGAUAAAAUAAAAUAAUACAUAUAAAGCACUUAACAUGGAAUUUGUCCCAUAAAUGCCCAUAAAUUAGAUCCCUUUCCUCUGAUCCUAAGGAGACAUGUUCUUUGUAAUUUCUGUACACAUUGUGUGUAAAGAUUGCUGCCCGUGGCCUUAACAAGGCCUGGUAUAGGUUUUUAAAAAAAUCCAAAUCCAAGAAUGUUAAGAUCAUGGCUGCCCACAGGAAGAUGUUCACAUAGCACAUGGCCAGACCCUUGGUCAGGCUUUGCAGUUACAGGAGUAAAGAUUCCUUUGGCACUGUUUGAUCCUGAAUAUUUUCUGUAGACAACCGUGGUCUCAUUAAGUGCUUUAAUAAGAUCCCAAUACUUUAUCAUUGAACAAGUCUCAUAAAAAGUGCCAAGUUCUUGGUUGACAUGCAUUUUACAUAUGCCUAAGCUUUAACCCCUUGAGAUAGCAGAGUGACACUAUUAAUGUCUGGCACUUGGAACCUCUGGGCUGAUGCCUAGAAAUGCUGCUGUGACCUUCCUGUGACCCUCCCUUCUGCUGAGGAAGAAUGUGCUUUGCACUGUGACUAACUCUCGUGCUAUAAUGCCUCUCACUGGCGUCUUCCCAUCUCUCUUUGGAAUUUUGAGUGUGUGUGUGUGUGUGUGUGUGUAUGUGUAUUAUGUACCUUGUUAAGAAGUUGGUGAGGGGAAGGAGGCAGGAGAAAGGCAUUGCUGUGUUCGGUUCUGUAAAGAGUAGAGAGGAACAAGGCAGAUGGGGCUAUGGAGCAGGGAGGUGUUGUUGUUAUUAACACGUUUAAUUUGGUACCUGUGGCCAGGAUCUUUUACCUCCUAUGCCUACUCCUCCCUUUUGGGGUAAGUGACACUGAAGUUAGGGUUUACCUGCCCAUCUUGCUACUCAGGAACUUUCUAAAAGAGCAUCAGAAUGAAGUAGAAAGAGCACUGGGCUGGGAGCUGCUUAGCAUUGAAAGCCUAGGCUCUCAGAACUCAGAACCUGGGUUUCCUCAUCUGUCAGGGAGAUUCAUAGUUCGUGGGCUUUUGUGAGACUCAGUGAAAUGGCUGUGAAAGCCCUUCAUAUGCUGUGAUAGUUCCUUCGGAUGUAAAGAAGUUAUUAAAUGAGCCCUGCGUCAUCAGAAACUGCCAGGGCCACUCUGCUGCCUGUUCCUCCGAGUGCCCCAGUAAGAGCGGUCCCAGGCCACAACUCUAGGGACAGUGCCCUUUCAUUGGUGCCCCUCCCUGGCAUCUUCCCAUCUCUCUCCUGAACUUCUUACACAUGCACACACGGUUGAGAAGUUGGAGGAGAGAAGGAGGCAGGAGAAAAGACAUUGCCCUGUUCAGUUUUAAGGGACUCAGGGGGGCGGGGCAGCUUGGAUGGUGGAGCAGGUAGUUAAUCGCAGGUGUAGGACCGCUUCUUGGAUGGGAGGCACAGUUUUCUUUCCUCGAGGAAGGGAACCAUUUGUUUAGCCAGGGGCCCACUGGGUCUGGGGUUUUGUUGUCCACACUGGAGAUGGCCUCCUCCUUUCUCUUACAGGGGAGAUGCACAAUGCAAGAGGGCAGAAACAGACAUUAGGAGAUGGGUUUUAGUCUCAGCUCCAUCACUCCCUGCUUUUUUGCUUAUUAGUUCACCCCUCUGGACCCCCACCUCCUCACUUAGAAAAAGAAGUAAAAAUGUUACCACAAGGAUGAAUGAUAUGUACAAUUAUUAUCACUGCAAAGGCAGGGAGAGGAAACGACAGGGGAGUUACUUGAGCUGAGGGGCACUGGCUGAACCAGACAGCUUGGCCUUCUCACUGUCCCCUGGGGAACACGAAUUGGUGUUUUUGCCUUAGUGCAGUGAAGCAUAUGACAGCCCAGCACCUGCUGUGGGUCCCUCGGUGCUUGUAUACGAUCUCUAAGUUGGUCCUGGAACACACCUGGCAGGGAAGCUAAGGAGGCACUAGAGGUUGCAUCCUUGGCUGGUACCUUUGGAGAUGCACACACCUAUGUUUGAGGUGGUACUGCUCCGAGUAGAGGGUCUGUGGCCUAGUGUUUGUGGAAUUAUUUUUAUUUUCGUGGAUCAUUUUUUCCAAUCCUUUCAUUUAACAGAUAAGACUUGUCCAAAGUCAUAGUGCGAGUUCCUAGCAGAGCCAGGUUUAGAAGCUGGGCUUCCUGGCUUAUUCCAUCUGGUGAGGGUUUCCUCCAGGAACCUGGAAGAUAGUCGUUGUUCUUGCGUCCUGGGGGCUUCUUGGCUCAGUGCAGCUGCAAGAUAACUGGAGGGGCCCAACGCUAGUAGCAUGGCCCCUGCCCCUGCUCGGGUUAGGGACCAUUCUUCUCCUUCCUUGGAAAACAGCCCCUGGAAGGGGCCUUGGGGAGGAAGGCUUUUAAAACUACUAGAAUUGCCCAGGGGAUGUGACAAAGCAGAGGGAGUCUGCAGCUAGGAACUUUUUGAAAUGGUUUGUUGAAGACUUAACUCGAAAUAGGAAUUAUACUGGGGGAAACUCCAGCGUGUUGUGUUGGCGCCCCCUUCUGGCUGAUAGCAGAGCUGGUGAGAUGGCUCUUGACUUGGUGGCUUUUUAUCUUUUUUACCUUCCUGAGGCCCCGGCUCCAGGGGCCAGUCAUGCGCAGGCAGUGGUCCCUGAUUUACUAACAGGUUCACCUGUCCUUCGAACAACCCAAGUUCAAGGCUAGUGAGAUUGGUAUUUUCCUGGGCUCACGUUAGGCUUCUCAGACCCCGAAACAGGUGGGAAGAUCCUCCCUGAUGUUUUUCCGUUUUCUACCUCCUUCUGAAUUUUGAUAGUUAAAUUGUAGAUGGUGAGUGGAAGCACUUAUCAAACCUUUCAUUUCCAAGUUGAAGAAUUAAGAGGUAAAGCCUGCCUAGCACUUUCUUUGAAAGGUCUUUACGGGGAGCCGACUGGUUUUGCAGCAGUCUACCUUGGUUCAGUUCAUUAAGUACUGAUUGUUUACACAGUGUGCCCGGCCCUGUGUGAGGGGCUGGUGAUGCAGAGACAAGAAGGACACGGUCUUUGGAGGAGAGACUGUGGUGAGUAACAGCUUGAGCUUUGCAGUCGGAAAGACCAAGCCUUGAGUCCUGGCUGCACCACUUGCUGCCACGUGCACCUAAUCGAAUGGCAGCCUCUCUGAGCCUCAGUUUCUUCAUCUGUCAGAUGAGGGUAGUGAUAACAACCUCACCGAGUUGUUAUGAGAUUAAGUCAUAGGUAGCAAGUGCUUAAUAAAUGGUAGCAAAAUUUAAAAAGGCAGUAUCAGUCGAGUAAGAGACAGAAACAGAGACAGUUCAGUGAUGACCAGUGCAGUGGGGGAAGUGUAGGGGCCACGAGAGCCCAGAGAUACUGUCGGCAUGGAGUCUAGGACACGCACCUGGACCGUUAUUUAUUAACCACCCUCAUGGGUCUCCUUUUC